AUGACGUCAACUUGCAGCGCGCUGCUGCUGCCGCUGCUGUCUGCAGCGACGGCGGCGGCGGCGGCAUUCUGGUCGCUGAAUGAACCACCGUCGUAUCGGUACGACGACCUCUCAACUCGCCUCGAUGCAGCGCAGAAAGCCCUGGCAGCAGCUGCCGCCGCAAACUCUGCGACGUCAGCCAACGACGCCACAACGUCCGACACGGAUGCGGACUGGCUUGCAUCCCUCGAGACCGUCAUGCCUGCCAUUGUGAGCAUCCGCAUCAUGAAAGUCCGUGCAUUCGACGACGAUCGUGCGGGUUGUUCCGUGGCCACAGGGUUUAUCGUGGACCGAACGCGGGGUCUCAUCUUGACCAACCGCCACGUGGUCACCCCUGGCCCCGUCGUCGCCGACGCCGUGUUUGUCAACCACGAAGAGGUGCCGCUCGUCCCAAUCUACAGAGACCCCGUCCACGACUUUGGGUUCUUCCGUUUCGACCCGGCCCAAGUCCGCUUCCAAACCGACCUGCCUGAAAUUCCACUCCGGCCAGACUUGGCCAAAGUCGGCACGCCGAUUCGCGUCGUCGGGAACGACAACGCGGAAAAGGUGCAGAUUCUUCCUGGAAUCUUGGCCAAACUCGACCGCGCCGCACCGCAGUACGGCCUUACCGGGUACAACGACUUCAACACGUUCUACUACGCCGCCGCGAGCAGCACGAGCGGUGGGUCGAGUGGGUCCCCCGUGCUGAAUGCACAGGGCAUGGCCAUCGCCCUCAACGCAGGCGGCGCGACCAAUGCCGCGUCGUCGUACUACCUCCCGUUGGACCGCGUCACGCGCGCUCUCAAGUUGUUGCAACAGGGCCAGGUCGUGACCAGAGGCACGUGGCAAACCAUAUUUCGCCACGUCCCGUUCGACGAAGCCAGGCAGUUGGGCCUUCCACCAGAUAUCGAAACAGCGAUUCGACUCGAAAACCCGUCCGAGUUGGGCGUGUUGGUGGUCGACCAAGUGAUCGAGCAUGGCCCAGGACACGACUUGAUGGUCGUCGGCGACAUCGUGCUUGAAAUGAAUGGCCAGCAUUGCACGACGUUCCUGUCGCUGGAAUCCAUCCUCGACGACAACAGUCUCCCUGACGCUGGUUGUCCAGGGUGA